AAAAUGCAAGCUGCACCUUCUCCAGUGGUCAUUGUAACUCAGCCCGGAGUUGCAAGCGGUCCAGUACCUCAAAACUCCAACUGGCAGACGGGCAUGUGUGACUGUUUCAGCGACUGCGGUGUCUGUCUCUGCGGCACAUUUUGUUUCACAUGCCUUGCGUGUCAAGUUGCAUCUGAUAUGAAUGAAUGCUGUCUGUGCGGAACAAGUGUUGCAAUGAGGACCCUCUACAGGACUCGAUAUGGCAUUCCGGGAUCCAUUUGUGAUGACUACAUGGUGACCCUUUUCUGUCCUCUGUGCUCUCUUUGCCAAAUCAAGAGAGACAUCAACAGAAGGAGAGCCAAUCGCACUUUCUAAAAAAAGAACCAAUGGUGAAGAGCUCCCUUUUCCCCUUUUUUUCUGUGGUCUCUCUCCUGACCCAGUGAAGAGCUCUUCCUGAAGCAACUAAAAUCAACACCUCUUCAGCUUUUCCACUUUCUGCAAGUGAAAUAAAAUUGAUAUUUUUAAUCACAAUCAGUGGGGUUUUAAAAAUAACUGAACUUUU